CUGUCGCUUCUGCAUUUCCUUAUGGGGCUGGUACUUGUCUUUCAGAUCAAAUGAUUAUUGAAGGUGUAGCAAAAUCACCUAUGGGUAAACUUAAUGCAAGUUUAGGGUACGACUUUAAAGUUUGCCUGAAGAAUAAUCAAUACAUUCCGAAAGGUCCACCAAUUUUUCUCGAAAUUACUGGAAAAAAAAAGUUCAGAGGGCUCUUAUUAUAUGCUUUAGAUUCCGCUAAAAACCAUGUUGGCCAGUGGACUCCCCCACAUGGUUUCAAAUUUAAGACAAAUUGUACCGGUGAUCCAAAAGGGACACUGACUCACAGAAAUCCUUCAAAAAAACGACCCGGUACCAAAUUUAAGUGGAGACCUCCACCAACUGAUGUUGGACCAAUUACUUUCGUUGGUACAAUUGUCAUUAGUACUCAAGAGGGAUUCCAAAUCGUGAAAACUCAACAGGUCUUUACAGCUUUCGGAAGCAAUAAUACGAUUAAUGCGAAUAGUACGAAUGUACCUACACCACCAAAUGCUACAGCUAUUAUACCAACGAAUGGUCCAUCAAGUACUGUAGUAUCAAGUAAUUCAAUUAGUACUCCACUUAAUGAUAACGCAAAUCUGACUGCUGUUCCAAUUUCUAAAUCCUCUAGAACUUUUACAAUAGUGGAAUCUUUGGGGGUACAAUCAUGUUUAAUCGCCUCUUUAACAAUUUGGUAUCUAUUCUCUGCGAUGUUUUAG